UGUUUUUUUUUUUAAUUAGUUGAAUUCUCUUCCCCUUUCUGAUUACUUUAUUCCCCACAAUCAUAUGUCAUAACUCAUAACCAUAAUCGCAGGAACUUCCCCUUCCUCCGUCGAUGUUCUAAUUUCUCCAACCAAUCAUGCUUUGAUCAAACGAAACUCCCCAUAGAUUUCCAUAUAUUUGUCUUCAAGAUCAAUCAAUCAUGGCAACCAAAGGGAAUACAGGAGACAACAGGACUCGUAGAUCUUUUUCUAUCUUCGUACUAUUUGGUUUAUGUUGCUUCUUCUAUCUCUUGGGUGCUUGGCAAAGAAGCGGUUUUGGGAAAGGAGACAGCAUAGCUCAUGAAAUAACAAGAAGAGCCGAUUGCAGUGUCAUUUCAAAUCUAAACAUCGAGACUCACCAUGGCGUCGGAGUAAAAAACCCUAAUGAUUUACGAUCAAAAAGCGAAGCUUUUAAACCCUGUGAUGAUCGAUUCAUUGAUUACACACCUUGUCAUGAUCCAAUGCGAACUAUAAACUAUAAAGAACGACAUUGUCCUCCCAAUGCUGAAAAGCUACGCUGUCUAAUUCCAGCUCCAAAAGGGUACGCGACACCAUUUCCAUGGCCCAAAAGUCGUGAUUAUAUCCCAUUUGCUAAUGCACCCCAUAAGAGCUUAAUAGAAAAAGAUACUCAAAAUUGGAUUCGACAUGAAGGAAAAGUUUUUAGGUUCACUGGUGGAGGACCUCAGUUUCCUCAUGGGGUUGAUUCAUAUAUUGAUCAAAUGGCGUCUGUUAUCCCAUUAGGGAAUGGACUAAUUAGAACUGCUUUAGACAUUGGAUGUGGGGUUGCAAGUUUUGGUGCGUAUUUGUUCAAGAAAAAUGUUAUAACCAUGUCGUUUUCACCAAGAGAUUCUCAUGAAGCACAAGUGCAAUUUGCUCUUGAAAGAGGUGUCCCUGCUUUUAUUGGUGUUCUUGAUACUAUAAAGCUUCCAUUUCCUUCAAGAUCCUUUGACAUGGCUCAUUGUUCUAGGUGCUCAAUUCCAUGGGCCCAAAAUGAUGGAAGCUACAUGAUGGAAAUUGACCGAGUUUUGAGACCUGGUGGCUAUUUUGUGCUUUCGGGCCAUUUGGAAGAGGAGCAAAAGAAAAUUGAGGAGAUAGCUAAACUUGUUUGUUGGGAGAAGAAACACGAGAAGGGCGAAAUGGUCAUUUGGAGAAAGCGAGUCAAUAACGAUCAUUGUCAAGAAAGAGAGUCUCGUGUUAAAACGUGCGAAUCCACAAGUGUAAAUGAUAUCUGGUACAAGAAGAUAGAAGCUUGUGUAACCCCUUACCCAAAAACCAACAAUUCAAAUGAAGUUGCAUUAUUCCCACAAAGACUUUAUGAUAUUCCUCCAAGAAUUUCAAGUGGCUCAAUACAUGGAAUCUCCAAUGAGUCAUUCAAAGAAGACACAAAGUUAUGGCAAAAACAUUUGAAUGGUUACAAGAGGGUAAAUAAGAUAAUCGCCUCAGGGCGUUAUCGUAAUAUUAUGGAUAUGAAUGCUGGUGUUGGAAGUUUUGCUGUAGCAAUUGAAUCUCCUAAAUCUUGGGUUAUGAAUGUGGUACCCACAAUAUCCAAGAAAGACACUCUUGGUGUCAUUUAUGAGAGAGGUUUGAUUGGCAUAUAUCAUGACUGGUGUGAAGCGUUCUCCACAUACCCAAGGUCAUAUGACCUAAUUCAUGCUCAUGGUCUUUUCAGCUUGUAUAAAGACAAGUGUAGCUAUGAAGAGAUUCUUCUAGAAAUGGAUAGGAUUUUAAGACCUGAAGGAAGUGUAAUAAUUCGUGAUGAUGAAAUUGAAGUGAUGAAGGUGAAAAAGAUUGUUUCAGGAAUGAGAUGGAAUACAAAAAUGGUGGAUCAUGAAGAUGGCCCACUUGUUUCAGAAAAGAUGCUGUUUGUAGUCAAACAAUAUUGGGUUGUAGGUGACAAUAACUCACCAUCUUCUAGAUGAUAAUAAUGAUUAUUUUUUAAGGGUAUUGAGAAAUUCAUGAAUAUUAGGGAGGGUGGUCAACUAUGAUUAUUAUCAGUUGACUUUCAUGUAGUAGGGAUUUAGAUUGACUUUUUAAUACUAUACACAUUGGGUUUUAAGUGUUUUCUUAGUUUGGGCUUCGAAACUAACAUAAUGUACAAGGGUAAACAACAAUUUUUUAUGCUAUUUAUGUAUGGGUA